CAACUGCGUGAGUGCAGACGCUUUCUUUUGUUGCUGCAUGUUUUGAUGCGGGCUGGCAAAGAGGCAAUAUGUGGUCGUUUUUCGCAAGGGAUCCGGUUAAAGACUUCAAUUAUGAAAUAUUACCAGAGACCCAGGAGGCGUCAGGAAUAUGGACCCUCCACCGAGGCAAGCGAAAGACCACUGGUGAGCCGGUGUCAGUGUUUGUCUUCGAGGUGACCGCGGGCGCAGAGGACCAGACCGUGCUGGCCAAGGCCGCUUUCAAACGCAUGAAGACCCUGAGGCACCCCAACAUUCUGUGCUACGUGGACGGGCUGGAGACAGAGAAGUGCUUGUACCUGGUCACCGAACCAGUGACUCCUCUCGCCACCCACCUGAAAGCGCAGGCGGAGCGGGGGGGGUCUGGGGAGCUGGAGGUGUCCUGGGGCCUGCACCAGAUCCUCAAAGCCCUGUGCUUCCUGGUCAACGACUGCCGCCUCCUCCACAACAACCUGGGCGUGUGGUCGGUUUUCGUGGACCGGGCAGGGGAGUGGAAGCUGGGGGGGCUGGAUCAUGUGACUUCAGUGGGUGACCCCUCGCCCUCGCCGCCGCAGAGGAAGGUCAGCCCUGACCUGGAGAAGUACGACCCCCCCGAGAGCCUCAGCAGCGGCGGGAAGGCGGCUGGGGAGCAGUGGUCUGCGGACGUGUGGAGACUGGGCUGCCUCAUCUGGGAGGUGUUCAACGGACCGCUCCCUCGCGCCUCCUCCCUGCGCUCCCUGGGCAAGAUUCCCAAGCAGCUGGUCCCGCACUACUGUGAGCUGGUGGGGGCGAACCCCAAGGUCCGGCCCAACCCCGCUCGGUUCCUGCAGAACUGCCGCUCCCCGGGCGGCUUCCUCUGCAACAGCUUUGUGGAGAGCAACCUCUUCCUGGAGGAGAUCCAGAUUAAAGACCCUGCAGAGAAGCAGCAGUUCUUCCAGGACCUGAGUGAGAACCUGGACUCCUUCCCUGAGGAUUUCUGCCGCCACAAGGUGCUGCCACAGCUGCUCACUGCUUUUGAGUUUGGCAAUGCCGGCGCUGUGGUCCUCACCCCUCUCUUUAAGGUGGGUAAGUUCCUGAGUCCCGAGGAGUACCAGCAGAAGAUCAUCCCGGUCAUCGUGAAGAUGUUCUCCUCCACGGACCGCGCCAUGCGGAUACGGCUGCUGCAGCAGAUGGAGCAGUUCAUCCAGUAUCUGAACGAAGCUGCUGUGAAUUCCCAGAUAUUCCCUCACGUCGUCCAUGGCUUCACAGACACCAACCCUGCUAUCCGGGAGCAGACUGUGAAGUCCAUGCUGCUGCUGGCUCCCAAGCUGAACGAGACCAACCUGAACCAGGAGCUGAUGCGCCACUUUGCCCGGCUGCAGGCCAGAGACGACCAGGGCCCCAUACGGUGCAAUACCACCGUCUGCCUGGGCAAGAUCGCCCCCUACCUCAAUGCUGGUACCCGGCAGCGUGUGUUGAUCUCGGCCUUCUCCAGGGCCACUAAGGACCCCUUCCCCGCCUCUCGGGCCGCCGGCGUCCUGGGCUUCGCCGCCACGCACAACUACUACAGCAUGGCGGAGAGCGCCGCCCGCGUGCUGCCCACCCUCUGCACCCUCACCAUGGACCCCGACAAGAGCGUGAGAGACCAGGCAUUUAAAGCGAUCAAGAGUUUCCUGACGAAGCUGGAGGCGGUGUCCGAAGACCCCUCUAAACUGGCUGAAAUGGAGAAGGAUGUGACAUCAUCGGCUCAGUCGCCGGGGACGGCGGCGGCGGCGGCCAGCUGGGCCGGGUGGGCCGUCACCGGCGUCUCCACGCUCACCUCCAAACUCAUCCGCACCGCCCCCGGGGGCCCGGAGUCGGGCGCCACCGAAAACGUGCCUUCGGCCCCACCCGCUGCUGAAAACGCCCCUCCUCAGGGUGGCGCUCCAGGCCCCGCCACAAAGACUGACGCAGCUGGCUCAAACCCCGCCCCUUCUGCCCUCAGCAACCAAUCGGAUGCCUCAAAAGCGGAAGAGAAAGUGGAGGAGACUCCUGAAGAGCGUUGGGACGAUGAGGACUGGGGGAGUUUGGAGGAGCAGGAACAAUCCAAAGCACAGGCUGAACCUGAUGACUGGAAUUCUUCUGAUUGGUCAGCAGUGUCGUCAGUCAAAAAAAAGCCAAAUGAUAAACGGGUGGGCAGGACUACCUCUGAUGCGGUGAAGAAGCAGAGCUCUGAUUGGAGCAGCUCCGGUUGGGAUGCAGAUGACAGCUGGUCCAAUGAGAAAGAAGCUGACGGCCAGGGUCAGAGCUCUCCCGGCGACGAGGGCUGGGGCAACGACUGGGAGGAAGAUGGCGAGAUCGGGGACAGUUUUUCUCCUACUCUGCAUGAGUCUGCAGCAUCUGCACCAAAGGGCCACGCUGCAACGUCCGCAACUUUACCGGAGGGGACACGCCUGACCAGCGAGUACAACUGGGACACUUCUGGGGCCAGAGGGUCACAGAGCGACUUGUUCUCUGGGAUGUCGCAGAGAGCGCCAUCUGCUGCCGCGCCACAGAAAAGUGAAGAAGGCUGGGGAGGAGACCCGUCGGGGGACUGGGGAACAGACGAAAACUGGGAGUCGCUGGACGGUGAUCAGGGCCUCAGCAAGGCCGAGCUGGCCAAGAAGAAGCGCGAGGAGCGCAGGAAGGAGCUGGAGGCCAAGCGGGCGGAGCGCAAGGCGGCCAAGGGUCCUCUUAAACUCGGCGCCCGCAAGCUGGACUGAGCGGGACGGCGACGGGGCGCAGGGGCACAGGGGUGCAGGGGAGCGAGACUCCUGGCGCCCAAAUCCCUGAGAUUAAGCCAGAGAGUGAGGUUUGAGGCUUUAUGUCCAUGGUCCAGCAUGCCACCAAUGGCUGUUUCCAGUAGAGGUACUAGAACAAAGACUUGAAGAGUUGAUGUGGAAGAACCAUGAUACAGACUUGGUAUUGUGGGAGGAGGGGGGAGAUUAUUUCAUAUUUAACUCUGAUGGCGUCGGUUCCAUAAAUUCUUUUUGCCAAGAAAAGUUCAGAAAAUGCAUACACUGAAUGCAGUGUACUGUAGUGUAAUGGAAGCAUUGCCAGAGACGGAGAGGGGGGGGUGGGCCUGAUCUUUUCAUUUUGAGAAACGGAAGGAGGUUUACACCAGUUCCCUGAUGUUGACUAAGAAAGGAGAGGAGUCACCCCCAACUUGAACCGUGAAAAGCAGUCAUGCAUUACAGUUUCCUUUUAUGUUUUUUUUUUUUUUUUUUUAUACAUACAUAUUCUAGUUGUAAAGUGUAAAUAGGUAUAUAUGUCUGUGAGAGACGAGGAUUAAAAUGAAAAAUUUCUAUGAAUAUAUAUUGUGUAUACUGUAUGUAUGUUUCAAUGCAUAUGCACUCGAAGCGCCAUGCAUUUUGGAGAAGAUUCGCCUUAACUCCUCAGCAGCAACCACACUUCACACUUCACCAUUUGGGCAAAGUGCUGCUUCAGUGACUUUAUUACUGUAGGUCUUAUACUGGGAGCGCUGCAAUGGAUUGGAUGCUGUCGGGGUGGAUAUUGCAUCUGUGGGGGACUGAGUGUACUGCUACGACACGGACGCUAACCGCUGCAGCACUGCUCAAGUUCAAGAGGGACACGUGGGAAAUUUUGUGCAUGAGUGUGUUGGAAUGCAUGUCACUGAGCUAGAUUUCUGGAUAUGUCUAUAUGCAUAAUGCUGGUGUCUGUAGUUAAACCAGCUGUGUGCGGCGGGUGGUUUACUUUUACAAAUAUGACUGUGAAGAGGUCUAGGCAGGCCUACAAGUGUGAAGUAUUGGACUGUGCCUUCUCAGUGACACUGUUGUAUUCUCUUGAAUCAGAUUAUAAAGAGGGAUGAUUCUUUGGUGUUUUGACUGCUUUUUACGGAGAAUAUUGAGUAAAAAGAGUUUUUGAGCAGGGCACAAUCAGGAAUGGGCUGGAAUCAGGAAUCAGCUGAGUUUUAAAUAAAUACAAAAUUAUGUUAUGCACAUGUGUACAUACAAAAUAUAACUGUAACACGAUCAGAA